AAACUCCAACAUUUCCGUUCGACCGAGAACUGUUCGGGAAAUGACGUCAGUGCAGACAAAAUAUGGCGUCUACGAUCGCUGUAGAGGCUAUAGAUAAACAACGUAUAGCUAUUCAGUCCCUAUAACACUGGUUUAUUGUCAUUGAAAGACGCUUAUGGGCAGCGUGUCGUGGUGGAUCAUGAUAUUUCAUAUUUAAUUUAUCUGGUCUUUGUCCUACACUAGCACUCCAUGUCCGAAGGACCUCGGGCUCCCUGGUCGAAGCGGGGUUGCGUGGAGUCGCAUCGCCGAGAGCAGGGCAAGUACAAGCAGAGGAAAUGUGAACGGCCCUUUAGUGCUGUGAAGCCGACGGUUGGUCAGGAGGCCUCAAAAAGGUGCCUAAUGGCGGGGGAUGUGGAGGUCUACCUUUCCCAAGUGCAUGAUGGCAGCGUGUCCUCAGGCUUCCGAGCAUUGUACGAGGAGCGGCUGUUGCUUGACGUCACGCUGCUCAUCGAGGAGCACCACUUCCAGGCGCACAAGGCCCUGUUAGCAACGCAAAGCGACUACUUUCGGGUCAUGUUUACGGCUGACAUGCGGGAACGCGACCAGGAUAAGAUUCACAUGAAGGGAUUGACGGCGGCUGGCUUUGGUCACGUCCUUCGCUUCAUGUACUACGGUUCCUUGGAGUUGAGCAUGGUCACGGUGCAGGAGAUCCUACAGGCGGCUAUGUACGUGCAGCUCACGGAGGCCGUGGAGUUCUGCUGCUCCUUCCUGCUGGCCAAGAUAUGCUUGGAGAACUGCGCCGAGGUCAUGAGGUUGCUGGAAGACUUCAGCGUCGGCGUAGAAGGCGUGCAGGAGCAGCUUGACGCUUUUCUGCUGGAGAACUUCGUGCCGCUGAUGGCUCGACCAGACUUCUUGUCGUAUUUGAGUUUGGAGAAGCUGAUGGCAUACUUGGACAGUGACCAACUGAGUCGGUUUCCAGAAAUUGAGCUGUAUGAGGCAGUGCAGGCCUGGUUGAGGCACGACCGGCGACGCUGGAGGCAUACGGAUGCUGUGGUGCAGAAUCUGCGCUUUUCCCUCAUGACUCCCACUAACAUCUUUGAAAAGGUAAAGACAUCAGAGUUCUAUCGAUAUUCCCGCCAACUGAGGCUGGAAGUUGACCAGGCGCUCAGCUACUUUCAUCAGGUGAACGAACAGCCACUGGCUGAGACCAAGUCCAACCGCAUCAGAUCCGUAAGGCCCCAGACUGCCGUAUUUCGUGGAAUGAUAGGCCACAGCAUGGUCAACAGUAAGAUCCUCCUUUUGCAUCGGCCCAAGGUGUGGUGGGAACUGGAAGGCCCGCAAGUCCCUCUCCGCCCCGAUUGCCUGGCCAUCGUCAACAAUUUUUCUUUCUUGCUGGGUGGCGAAGAGCUGGGUCCGGAUGGCGAGUUUCACGCUUCUUCCAAAGUCUACCGGUAUGAUCCCAGACAGAACUCCUGGUUACGUAUGGCUGACAUGUCCGUGCCAAGAUCGGAAUUCGCCGUCGGCGUCAUCGGGAAGUAUAUUUAUGCCGUCGCAGGCCGCACCCGAGACGAGACGUUCUAUUCUACGGAGCGUUAUGAUAUUGUUGAGGACAAGUGGGAGUUUGUAGACCCAUACCCUGUAAAUAAGUAUGGGCACGAAGGCACAGUCCUAAAUGGGAAGCUAUAUAUCACUGGUGGUAUCACCUCAUCUUCCACCUCAAAACAAGUAUGCGUUUUCGAUCCAGGACGGGAAGGGACAUCCGAACAACGCACGCGACGCACACCAAUCCUCACCAGCUGCUGGGAGAACAAGUCAAAGAUGAACUACGCCCGCUGCUUCCAUAAGAUGAUCUCCCACAAUGGGAAGCUGUAUGUGUUCGGCGGUGUAUGCGUGAUACUACGCGCCUCAUUCGAGUCACAGGGUUGUCCUUCGACAGAGGUAUACGACCCUGAGACAGACGAGUGGACUAUUCUCGCCUCUAUGCCUAUUGGUCGUAGCGGGCAUGGAGUGGCAGUGUUAGACAAACAGAUCAUGGUGCUCGGGGGACUUUGCUACAACGGUCAUUACAGCGACUCUAUCCUCACUUUUGACCCCGAGGAGAAUAAAUGGAAAGAGGACGAGUAUCCCAGAAUGCCUUGCAAGCUGGAUGGACUACAAGUGUGUAGUUUGCACUUUCCAGAAUAUGUUCUGGAACACGUGAGACGCUGCAGCUGAGACUGUCUUUGUAACUUUCGGGAGAAAACGUUUACAGGUGUGGGAAGUAAUACUAAUACUGUUAAAGCUUUUAAACUGUAGGCCAGUGCUUAUUUAAGAACAAACUCCUUUUUAGGCUUUCAUUGUAGAAAGGAAGAGGUCAGUUCUCAAAACUGGCAGUCAUAUUCAAACCAAUAAAUACAACCUUUGUCAGUCAUACGUUUAUCUGCACUGUAAUCAUAAUAAUCCUGUAGAGCACAUACUAUUCACUACACUGUCUUCUGUGAUGUCACUAUAUUCCCUCAUUCUGGCGUUUCGGAGGAAGUCAUGUUUUAUGCGUACAUAUUCCCCGACAGAAAUCCGCAUCUAGAAGGAAUUAGAAAUGAAAUGGAAACUAAUGAAGUAGAUUGUACGACAAUACGGUUCCCUGCAUUUUUUUCUUUCACAUUUACUAAGAACGCAUUUGUGCUGAUACUAGUUGUAGUACUGUAGUGGAAUAAAGAUAAUGACUAUGAUUGUAAUUAAUAUAUAAUUCUAAUGACGAUGUUGACAAGCAUUGCACUCAAACAAGGGCAUAUGUUACAGCUCUACAAUAACACCGGCCCUCCACAGUUGACUGUAAAGAGAGAAAGCAGAGAUUAGGGGACAUUGUAGUUCUCCAACCUUUAUUAGUUGUCCUUAUGCUUAUUUUUUAAGUUAUUUAUUAAAAUGGCAAAGCCUUGCCUUGAUCCAA